ACUCGUAGACUUUGCUCUCUCAUUACAUUUUCAGUUUCUUCUCAAAAUUGUCAAGUGUCCAUGAUGUUCACGAUGGAGGAGGUGGAACCCUAAAAGAGCAGGGUAUCAUCGUAAUUUCAGUCUCCAUAGACAUAAUUGCUGCUUCCUUCCUGUUCCCUCCCUCUACUUAAUAAUUUAUAAGAGGGAAUCCCAUUCCCACAAUCAUAGGCUAGGCAGUCGGCAAGGCUCUUUCUUUAUGCUUUACUUUUUAGAAUUGAGAGUGGAACUGCAAAAUAAGUUGUUGAUGUGGUGUGAUCAUAAGAAAGGCAGCCAGGCGCGGGCACGCGCGCACACACACACACACAUAUAUAUUUUGAUGAGGUUUGUGUUUUGCAAGAUUCAUUGUCCUCCCUUCAUCUGCUUUUGCAAGCCUAAUUCCCCUCAUAUAUACACUCCUGGACAACUCAAAUUACAGAAUUCCCCAACUCCAUCUCCACCUUUGCCUAAUUCAAAACUUGAACCAGUUCCUGAGACAUCUGACCACUUACCUGAUGAAGAAACCACUGAGAUCAUCAAGGAGGAGAGGUUAUUAGGUAAUGCGAAUCCACAACCAGCUACCGCUCAGCCUUGUCUCAAGAGUAGUCUCCGAAAGCCUAAUUCCUACUCAGGUGCUCCAAAACAGGAGGUGCUCAAGAAGAGAGUGCAGUGGACAGACUUUUUAGGGAAGCAGCUUGUUGACGUUAGGGAAUUUGAGGGCAGUGAACUAGAAGAUACCGACAAUGAAGACGACAACCGAAGAGGCUGCAAUUGUGUUAUUUUAUGAAACUUCUGAAAAUCAGCAUCCACUCUGCAAAUUCCUAAGGAAAUCGCAGCAAUUACAGGAGAAAGAAAGGAAAAUUCACGUUGAUGCAGCGAGUCUAAAAUCGAACAGAACUCGAAUGUUUGAAAUUCAGUUUUAGUCCAUUUCGAGUUACCAAAUUACAACGGAGCUGCAGCUCUCACAAGACUGUUUUAUGAGAACUCAAUAGAGUAGGUAGUCAAUAUUCGUUUAUAAGAAUGUUGACAAUAUUGCAUUCGUCUGAUUAAGAAACUUCUCACAAGUUCUGACACUAAAUGAAGUAGUUUUUUUCAUU